UAGAAACGCAAGAAAUGUUUGGAGUGCUUCGAGCAGUGGCAUGAAAAAUUAUUUUUUAAAAAUUCUAACCAUAGAAUCUUCCACCAAUUUCAUGGUAUGGUGUUAGGGUAUGUUUGAGUUGGCUGUAGAUCUAUAUAGUGCGUUUAUUUCUAUGUUAUUAUUCUAAUGACACUUAAUAAUGUUCACUUCUCAAGAAUACAUUGAUCGAAAGACGGGAGAGCAUGGAAUCGGCCGCCUGAGCUAUCUACAAUCAAUUGUCACUGAAUUUCAGGACACAUCUGAGGAAGAUGCAAAGGAGCAAGUACUAGCUAACCUAGCAAAUUUCGCAUAUGAUCCAAUCAACUAUGCACACUUCAAAAAGCUGAAUGUCAUCGACCUUUUCCUUGACUGCCUAGAAGACAGUAAUGAAAACCUCAUCGAAUUUGCUGUGGGAGGCCUCUGCAACUGCUGUCUAGAUAAAGAUUUCAAGCAAGAUAUAAUUAAUAGUGGAGGAAUCCCUUUGAUCAUCAAAUGUCUUUCAAGACCUGUUCAAAAUACAGUGUUGUCAGCUAUCACAACCUUGAUGUAUCUUGUGACGCCAGCGUCAAAGCAAGAAAUUACCACCCUUCCAGUUGUGGAAUGCAUGCUCAGGUUCUCGAAAAGCAGUAACAAGCAAUUAGCUAACCUUGCCACCUUGUUCCUGGAGGACUAUUGCACCAAAGAUCAAAUCGAAAAGGCAAAAGACGUCCAGAGGAAAAUGGCAGCACAGUUCACCUCGCAGGAGAGCUGACAUUUCAUUUUCCGUUUUUAUUUGAUUUUCUUUAUUUGAAACGAAAUUACAGUGGUACAGAGAUAACUCAAA